AUGUGGUCCUAAGAAAAAAUUGACCACUCAAUCGUCUAAGAAUAUCAUUUGUUAAUAAACCUUAAGUAGACAUUUUAGUUGAAAUCUAAAACUAAAAUGAAAUACUCACUAAGGCUAUAAAUUCACUAAGAAAUACUAUUGAAUAGUUUAAAGAUUGAAUAUACAUAAUAUUAGUUUAAAAUAAUCGUAAUACUUUUGUAAUUUCAAUUUAUUAGACUUAUUAUAAAAAUGCCAAUAAUCCUAAAAUUUAAUCAUAUAUAAAUAUCUUUGUAAUAUUUAGUUCAUCUUGCUAUAAAUGCUUAGAAAUUCCAAUAAUUAUAUUAUAUAAAUGAUCCUUAGAAUUUAUUAAAAUAAAGAGUUAAAUUCUCAAUUAUAGGAGAUAAUAUGGAAAAAAUAGUUUUACUAUCUGGUGAAUAGAUAAUUACUGAAAAAAUUAUGUAUAAUAUUAUUAAGACAAUAUUGAAAUUAAAAAUAAAAGAUCAUAUUUUAUUAUUGAAAAUUAAGAGACCAUUGUAAAUAUUAGCAAAGAGAAUAUUGCUUAUGGUGGUAUAAGUGCUUAAACAGUGAAAGCGAUAGUCUUGGAUGCUGUUAUUUUUAUUAAUUAUAUUAACAAAGAAUCAUCAAUUACAGCAGCUGAUGAUUUUAUCAAAGUUGCACCAAUUACUAAAUUCUAAUCAAAUUAUUAAAAGAUAGUCUUUUCAAGUGAUCUAAUGAAACGACAAUUAAUCUUUUUGAAACUUGAGGAAACAGUGAUUGAUAAAGAUCUUGGAAAUGGAGAAUAAAUUAUUGUAUAAAAGCAUUCAAUUUUGGGUAUGCAAGACUUUGUUCUUUAAACCAAAGGAUAAUACUAGAAUAACGUUUAUUGGGUCAGGUAAAUAAUUAAAAUAAGAUUAUGGUUGAAAACAAAAAUAAUUUUGUAAUUUUCAUAUCCAUUUAAUUCCAAUAAAAAUAGGCAAUAGUAAAUUGAAAUAAAACUGACAAAUUAAAUUUACUAGGUAGAAUUUUUUUGA